UCGUAAUUUCAACUUGCACCCCCAACGUCUUUAUCUUGAUCUCUCCGGUCAAUCUCUUUCUCACACAGUCACACCGCUAAGUACAGAGCGAGCGAGCGAGAGAGACAUGGGGGUGGUGAUAAUCGACGGCACGACGGUAAGGGACUUCGUGAGAAAUGAAGAACAGUUCAACAAGAGCGUGGAGGAGCAGUUCGGGACACUGGAUCUCAACAACGACGGCGUUUUGUCGCGAGGGGAGCUCCGGAAGGCGUUCGAGUCCAUGAGGCUCAUCGAGACGCAUUUCGGGAUCGACGUUGCCACUCCGCCGGACGAGCUCACCAAGCUCUACAACUCCAUCUUCGAGAAGUUCGACGUCGACGGCAGCGGCACCGUAGACAAGAGCGAGUUCAAGUCGGAGAUGAAGAAGAUCCUGCUCGCCAUCGCCGAUGGUCUUGGCUCUUUUCCGAUUCAGAUGGUUCUCGAAGACGAUAACCAGGGUUUCCUUCAGAAAGCUGCAGAUCUCGAAGCUUCCAAAUUAAAUCAGGCUCGAACUUGAUGGUUUUCGAGCUCUUCUUCCCUGCCCUAUUCAGCUUAAUGUCACUGUGUGUUUUUCAUCCGCGAAGUAUAUUUUCUUGUUGCGUAAAUCAGCUUGAUUAUGAGAAUUUUCACGCGUCACAAUUUUUUUCUUCCAAUUUGUAUAUAUGACUUAUAGAGAACGCUAAAUAUGAGAAAAGAUAUUAACUUCCAUCA